GCGAGGCGCCCUGCCUGCGCGUCCGGCGGCGCGCGGGGAUUGGCCUACCGACGGCUUCCCCGCCCCCGGUCAUUUGCCUGGGAGGACUUCCUGGAGUGUUUUCUGCGCUCCUCUGUCGUUGGGCUAGUCUGGGAGUGCUCCGCGGCUGCCGGCGCCUGGAGGCCGCGCUCCGCUGCUGCCGCCAUGAGGCUCCGAAAAGCCUGCCUGCUCGUCUUGCUCCUGGCGCUGGCGCAGCUGCUGGCCGCGGCCAGCGCCGAGGGAACGGACGAAGAUGCUUCCGAAAGAGAAGAUGCUAUUGAGGAUGAAGAGGAGGAGGAAGAUGAGGAGGAGGAAGAAGACUUGGAAGUUAAGGAAGAAAAUGGUGUCUUGGUCCUGAAUGAUGCGAAUUUUGAUAACUUUGUGGCUGAUAAAGACACGGUGCUGCUGGAAUUCUACGCGCCAUGGUGUGGGCAUUGCAAGCAGUUUGCUCCGGAAUAUGAAAAGAUUGCUAGUACCUUGAAGAGUAAUGAUCCUCCCAUUGCAGUUGCUAAGAUCGACGCCACCUCAGCAUCCAUGCUGGCUAGCAGGUUUGAUGUGAGUGGUUAUCCGACCAUCAAGAUUCUGAAGAAGGGCCAGGCUGUGGACUAUGAUGGCUCCCGGACUCACGAAGAAAUUGUUGCCAAGGUCAGAGAAGUCUCCCAACCCAACUGGACACCUCCCCCAGAAGUCACACUUGUGUUGACCAAAGAGAACUUCGAUGAAGUUGUGAAUGAUGCAGACAUAAUUCUGGUGGAGUUUUAUGCCCCAUGGUGUGGACACUGCAAGAAACUUGCCCCUGAGUACGAGAAGGCCGCCAAGGAGCUCAGCAAGCGCUCCCCGCCAAUUCCACUGGCAAAAGUUGAUGCCACUGCAGAGACGGACCUGGCUAAGAGGUUUGAUGUCUCUGGCUACCCUACCUUGAAAAUUUUCCGCAAGGGAAGGCCUUUUGAGUACAAUGGACCACGAGAGAAAUAUGGGAUUGUUGACUACAUGAUUGAGCAGUCCGGGCCUCCCUCCAAGGAGGUUCCAACCCUGAAGCAGGUCCAGGAGUUCUUGAAGGAUGGGGAUGAUGUUGUCAUCAUUGGGGUCUUUCAGGGAGAAAGUGACCCAGCCUACCAGCAAUAUCAGGAUGCUGCCAACAACCUGAGAGAAGAUUACAAAUUUCACCACACUUUCAGCACUGAAAUAGCUAAGUUCUUGAAAGUUUCCCCGGGGAAGUUGGUCGUAAUGCAGCCUGAGAAAUUCCAGUCCAAGUAUGAGCCUAGGAGCCACGUGAUGGAUGUGCAGGGUUCCACCGAGGUGUCAGCCAUCCAGGACCAUGUGGUGAAGCACGCUUUGCCCUUGGUGGGCCAUCGCAAGACCUCCAACGAUGCCAAGCGGUACACCAAGCGCCCCCUGGUGGUUGUCUACUACAGCGUGGACUUCAGCUUUGAUUACAGAGCUGCUACUCAGUUUUGGCGAAACAAAGUCCUGGAAGUGGCUAAGGACUUCCCUGAGUACACCUUUGCCAUCGCUGAUGAGGAGGACUACGCCACAGAGGUGAAGGACCUGGGGCUCAGCGAGAGUGGGGAGGACGUCAAUGUGGCCAUCCUGGAUGAGAAUGGGAAGAAGUUUGCCAUGGAGCCAGAGGAGUUUGAUUCUGACACCCUGCGAGAGUUUAUCACAGCUUUUAAAAAAGGGAAACUAAAGCCAGUCAUCAAAUCCCAGCCCGUGCCCAAGAACAACAAGGGGCCUGUCAGGGUGGUUGUUGGGAAGACCUUCGACAGCAUCGUGAUGGACCCCUCGAAGGACGUGCUCAUCGAGUUCUACGCACCCUGGUGUGGGCAUUGCAAGCAGCUGGAGCCUGUCUACACUAGCCUGGCCAAGAAGUACAAGAACCAGAAGAACCUGGUCAUCGCCAAAAUGGACGCCACCUCCAAUGACAUCGCCAGUGACCGCUACAAGGUGGAUGGCUUCCCCACCAUCUACUUUGCUCCUGGAAAGGACAAAAAGAACCCAAUUAAAUUUGAGGGUGGAAACCGAGACCUGGAACAUUUAAGCAAUUUUAUAGACAAACAUACCACAAAAUGGAGCAGGACCAAGGAAGACCUUUGAAGGCUGGAAGUCUGCAGAGGGUGGGAGGAGCCAGACACUGUAGUGGCCAGUGGCCACCGAGUAAGCCUUGAGGCCAAGGCCAUCAAUGUAAUGGUGGUAUCUCAACUUUUUUCUUUUUUUUAUUUUUUAUUUUUUAUACUUUGAUAUGUCACCUCGUGCUCAGAAUACUGAAUAGCCAUGAAUGCAGUAGCUUAGGCCAGAUUUCUAUGGAGGAUACAUCUAUUUUUAUCAUUUGGGGUCUGAUUUUUUUUUUCUUUUAACAUUUUCUCAAAGCAGAUAAGUUGAAUCUCUGUGAGAGUGUUUUCUUUUUUAAUUUAAAGAUUCAAAAAAACUGCCAAAUCAUGUCGAGCUUGCCUUUUAUCMUGUUUGAGGAAUUGUUAGUUUAAGAUGUGACUGUUGGUAUGUUUAGUUUUCUUCCUGUGUUGGCACAGAAGUGAGUGCUGUCACCAAGCACUUGCCCAGAACAAUGUUCCAGCCUGACCUCCGAGCAGCCUGCAGUCCAGCAAGUGGCACCUCAGACUGUGCGGACAUCACCGUCCUACUGUCCCACCUCCUGUCACAGCCUGGGCCACGGUUGGAGGAUCAUGGCCCCAUCCCCAGCUCAGACCCUCUGAUGGAGCAGAAGUGUCCCUGGACACMAGACACUUUGAGGUCGUAGAAAAAGUAGGAUAUAGUCAGGUGGCACACACCUGUGAUCCCAGCAACUCAGGAGGCUGAGGCAGUAGGAUGGCAAGUUUAAGGCCAG